CAGACGACAGUCGGAUGUGGAUAGUCGUCGUCGUAAUGCGGGAAUGGUUCGUAAAUUCUCGGAGCCAUGUCUGGAGGGCACUUAUCGAGGGUGGACCAGUAACCGUCGCACACCGCCACCAAUUCGACGAAUGAGCAGCGAUGCAGAGCCAAGAGUUCGACGUGCACGCUCUGCGUUCGUUACGGCCAAUAAAGCCAAUGCCCGCAGUGGCACGAUGCUGAGUCAACGAACUCUCGAGGAAUGCAAGAAGGCAACCCGUAAGUCGUAUCCAUCAAAAAUGAGCAGUACAGCCGCAUUCUUAUCGGAAGGUCUAGGGAGCAGGCGUGAUCCAGCCACGACUGUAUCAGAUUGUGUGUCGUUUCACGUCGAUGUAAGUGAUACGAUAGGUGAUCGUUAUUGUGUUGGUGAGCAGUUCGAUGUGCCAUGUGAACCGGGACCAUCAAAGCGAUAUUUUGAUGAAAUUGGUGAAUUGGGGACGAUGAUGAAACCGACAGCAUCGUGUAGCAACCAGGUUCGUUGUGUCUCAGAAUUAUCAAUUGUUGUUCAACGAGAAGAAUAUUGGAAAACAUUCGUAUUCUUCACUGUGUUCUCAGAUGAUUUCGUUGCUGCUUUUCAAAGCUGCAAAAGUUAUGUAAGAUGA